CAUCGUUUCACGUCUCUCAUCUGCCUUCUUCAUUGUUCGAAUUUCUUGUUUGUUUUGAUACAAAAACCAUGAUUCAAAUCACAUGAUUCUUCUGAGCUGUUGCUCUGUGACUGGUUGACCUCCUACAAAGUUUGCGACAAAACCCUGAAAAGGCGUCACGAAACAUUACGACUGCUCCAGAUUUAUUCCCAAACAACUACUUACGCAAGAAGGGGGUUUUUGACACGGGGGUUUUUGACACGAAUUGACCAUGCGCAACGACAAUUAUUCCUCGCUACCAGAAAACUCGACAAGCUCCAAUUUUGACGAUACUCGUUAAUUGACAGCAGAUAACGACGAUAUCACUCUGGCCUCGGGCCUCUAUUCACUCGCUUUCUUCUUCUGAUAUCAGCCAGACGUUCUUUGUCAUCCCAACAAUCAGUUCCUCUAUCAAAGUCAAUUCCUCAACCAUCGCGAUGCUCUGGUCUUGGCGCGAUGACGCCUCCAAAAGCGGGAAAUGGGUCAGCGUCGUAACAGCGCGCCAUCGUCUCGUCAAAAUCCUUGGCGUUUUCAUCUGUUUCAUCUGCGCCCUCACGCUUUGGGAAUUCUGGGCAGAUCUCUCUGUCGCAUACAAAAGAGUCUCCUCAUCAAGCCUCACGCAAACUAACGAAACCCAAUCCGACUCUUCAGCCACGUUGAAGACCCCGCUCAAUCCAAACCCCAUCUCUACGAGCAGGCCUCAAUUUACUGGACCAACUGAGCAGACAACAAAAUUCUGGGAGAACCUUGUUGAGGAACUUUAUGCGGCGGAACCUCAUGGUGAUGAGAUUAAACCGCCUAAUUCUCUAUCACGGGACAAAUUCGAUCCUCAUGGCUCUAAGGCGCAGAUCCACACGGACUGGUUGGAAGUGUCCGACGAGGAAGUCGAGUCACUGAAGGAAAAUCAUGCAAAGUUUGUUCAAAGUCUUCGACAUUUGGCUCCAAAAGUACCGUUCAAACGCAACACCAAGGGCGUUGUCAUCACUGCCAAAGGAUCGGCAGUUGGUGUAGCAGCCACGGCCGUACGGAUGCUACGACAUGUUGGAUCACGUUUACCAGUUCAACUAUUCCUUGACUCGGCAAGCGAAGCGGAGCAUGAACAGUGCAACGAGACACUAUCCGGUCUGCAGGUGCAAUGCUUGAAUAUGGACGAUUUCUUGAAGUUGCCUGAUACGGCAUCUAUUCAGCAACCAAAGAUUGAAAAGUACCAGUACAAACCUUUGUCGAUUAUCUUCUCCAGCUUUCAAGACAUCUUAUUCCUUGACUCUGAUGCCUUUCCUAUUCGAAACCCGGAUCACCUCCUCACCGUGGAACCGUAUAAGAGUCGUGGACUUGUGACCUGGCCCGACUUUUGGCUGCCAACUAUAUCGCCUCUCUUCUACAAGAUUGCCGAUGCCAAGAUGCCCAAUGUCACCAUCGACUCCAGAAGUUCAGAGUCAGGAGUUAUGCUGUACAACAAAGCGAAGCAUGCAGACAGUCUCUUGCUCGCGGCAUACUACAACUUUUACGGGCCACGAUUUUACUAUCAACUUCAUUCGCAGGGUGCUUGGGGAUCAGGUGACAAGGAGACUUUCAUGCAGAGCGCAUUGGUCCUGGGCAACCCCUAUUGGCAGGUCACCAAGCCAGCCAAGCUCAUUACCGAUGAAAAAAUCAACUGGGGGAGCGGCAUCUGGCAGGCUGAUCCUGAACAAGACUGGAAGCUGCAAACACAAAAAGGACGAAACCAAACAAUCGUGUCUACAAGGAAGCAGAAACUAAGGAUAACCGAGGACGAAGUAAACAUUACAAGUACAAUGUUUGCCCAUCUCAACAGAGUCAAGUUUGAUACAAGGCACCCAAGUCAGGUACUGGAAGACCUGGUACCUGAGCGUCCUGACGGAACUCUCUCACGGCUUUGGGGAGACGACGUCGACAAGAUCACUGAUGUUGCUGGAUACGAUCUUGAAAAGGCCAUCUGGGAGGAGGCCAUCAAGGCUAAUUGUGACCGAGAAUUAAUGGAGGAAUGUGACAAGAUACGAAAGUAUUACGAGGCAACGUUUUAGAUGGGAUGAGUGAACGCUCACACGGCCGUAAUAAUAAUGUAGAUAUAUUUUUAUUGUCAUCAUAGCCUAUUCAGAAUACAUGUUU